CGGAGCUCGCGGCUACCGCCGCCAUCCUCUCUGGUUCUUGAGUGCGCUCCCUUUCUUGGUUCCGGGACGGCUAGUGGGUGAUGCGAGAGCGAGGCAGGGGCCAGGCCCGGUUCAGGCCCGACCCGCGAGGUGACCUUGAUCGAGUGCCCUGUCGCGUCAAGCUGCGGCGCCCGUCCGUGGGCCUGUUAGUGACCCGGCUCCCGAGCGGUUGAGGACCUAGAGAGGCCCCUAUAGGCUUGCCCCAGGGCAAGGGGAGCGCCGGGCCGCUGGGGGCUGUGGCAGAAGCUGGGUCGCGGGGGGAGAUGCCCCUCCACGUGAAAUGGCCGUUCCCCGCGGUGCCGCCGCUCACCUGGACCCUGGCCAGCAGCGUCGUCAUGGGCCUGGUGGGCACCUACAGCUGCUUCUGGACCAAGUGCAUGAACCACCUCACCGUACACAACAAGGAGGUUCUGUAUGAUCUCAUCGAGAACCGAGGCCCAGCCACACCCCUCAUCACGGUCUCCAAUCACCAGUCGUGCAUGGAUGAUCCUCAUCUCUGGGGGAUCCUGAAACUCCGUCACAUCUGGAACCUGAAGUUGAUGCGUUGGACCCCCACAGCUGCAGACAUCUGCUUCACCAAGGAGCUGCACUCACACUUCUUCAGCUUGGGCAAGUGUGUGCCCGUGUGCCGAGGAGAUGGCGUCUACCAGAAGGGAAUGGAUUUCAUUUUGGAGAAGCUCAACCAUGGGGACUGGGUGCACAUCUUCCCAGAAGGGAAAGUGAACAUGAGCUCCGAGUUCCUCCGCUUCAAGUGGGGAAUAGGUCGCCUGAUCGCCGAAUGUCAUCUCAAUCCAAUCAUCCUGCCCCUGUGGCAUGUCGAAAAUCACCGUGCUGAUCGGCAAGCCCUUCAGUGCCCGGCCUGUGCUCGAACGGCUGCGGGCAGAGAACAAGUCAGCAGUGGAGAUGCGCAAAGCCCUGACAGACUUCAUCCAAGAGGAAUUCCAGCACCUGAAGAGCCAGGCAGAGCAGCUCCACAACCACCUGCAAGCCAGAUAGAUUGGUGCAUAACCCUUCCAGGGUUCCCCCUCCGAGUGGGUGAGCAUCCCAGCGCCUCUGGUUCUGCCACUGAAAGAAGGCUCUCAGCUGCUCCUGGCACUUGGCCACGCAGGGAGGAAAGACCUUUAGGCAGGGGGCCCCUGCUCUCUUGCCUACAAGCCGUUUGCUCCCAGAGCUGGGGACUGGAAGGAGGAGCCCUAAUCUUACUGCUUCCUCAGGGAUAGCCAUCAGCCAUGUCUUCCUUCUGCCUGUGCUCCCUGCAGGCAUGGGAGCCUCGGGCAGGGCCCAGCCCUGAGCUGCAGGUGGAAGAGGUGCCCUUUUCUAUAAGGGGAGCCCGUCCAACAGGGCCCGAGACCCGGCCCCUCGCUGGGGCCCACUGUUCUUUCCGCCUCCCUGGCAUCACUUGAAUCCCCUGGUUGUUUUAUAAACUAUUAAUAAAGGAUUUGUGUUGUGCUCUUUUA